GCAACUCUGUAAAACUUUAACCUGUGUAUAUUUAUAGAAAACGCAUGUUCUAACGUUUGCUUGUACACCACCUGGAUCUCAGAUUUUUUACCAUUACAAGAAAAUAAUGUCUCUCAUGACAGAACAAGUGUUUUUAAUCGUUCGAGCUUUACUCUGUUACUCAGUGUACGCGCAACAGAACCCAACCAUAUCCUUCAUCACCAAGGAAGUUGUGGCGAACAUCGGAGAUAACGUUCAUCUUGAAUGUUCUGUUGAAUAUGCAUCACAGUAUCCGGUUUUAUGGGCCAAGAUUAACUACAACAAUCCAUUUAACAAUCUGUUUAUAUCUUCAGACAGUUCUAAGAUUUUACCAGAUCCUCGAUAUUCUGUAGUGCAAAAUACAGAUGGAACUACCAACACUUACACGCUUCAAAUCACGAAAAUACAGGAGAUCGAUGCUGGUUUGUACCAGUGCCAAGUAAUUAUUGGAACUAGCAACAAAAUCAAAGCAGAUGUUUUGGUGUACGUCCGAAUUCCUCCAAUAAUUUCAGACAAUAGCACUCGAUCCAGUAUUACAAGCACCGGAGCCACAGUUUCGUUAAAUUGUUAUGCAUCUGGCUAUCCUGACCCACAGAUUUCAUGGAGGAGAGAGAACAAUGACCUUCUGCCAUCAGGUGUCGCUGUUUAUCGCGGAAACGUUUUAACUAUUCAUAAUAUUACAAAGGACGACCGCGGAACCUACUAUUGUGUUGCUGAUAAUGGUGUUGGUAGAGGUGCACGUCGAAACAUUGGUGUUGAAGUUGAGUGUACAAACCUUUACCUCAUAGCUCUGUCAUCUCUUGACCGAUUUGAGAUCUAA